AUGCCUCUAUUUCAACCAGCCAAUUUGGAUACCCCUGUCCUCCAGCAAUUUUCACUUAAGGGAAAGAUAGCCAUCGUGACGGGAGGGUCCAGGGGUAUUGGCCUCCAGCUUGUCUGGGGCUUAGCUGAGGCUGGGGCCGACGUUGCUUUCAUAUACAGAACCCACCAAGAUGCUGAUGCAACAGCUGCUCAGAUUGCACAGAAGACUGGUGUACGCGUCCAAGCUUUCAAGUCGGACGUUACUAAGCGAGAUUUACUCUUGAAGACAAUCGACGAGAUCGUGGCUGAUUUCGGCCGCGGCCGCUUGGACGUCGUGAUUGCAAACGCCGGCGUCUGCUCUAACGUCAGCUCGCUUGAUUACAGCGAAGAGAGCUGGGCACAUAUCAAUAGUGUAAACUACGACGGAGUUAUGUGGACAGCUCAGGGUGCAGAGAAAUAUUUCCGAAAGCAAGGGAAGGGCAACUUGAUCAUCACGGCCUCGGUCAGCGCCACACUUGUGAACACCCCGCAGAUGCAGGCAGCGUACAAUGCCUCCAAAGCUGCAGCUCUACAGCUUGGCAGGAGUCUUGCCGUUGAGUGGGUUGACUUUGCGCGGGUCAAUUGCGUUUCUCCCGGAUACGUUCAUACGGAGAUGUUGACGAGACAACCCAAGAAGCUCCUAGACCAAUGGAUCAGUCAGAUCCCUGGCGGGCGGGUGUGCAAUCCCAAGGAACUGAAGAGUGCCUACGUCUUCCUGGCAAGUGAUGCCUGCCCUUAUAUGACAGGGGCGAACAUGAUCAUAGAUGGUGGGUUUACUAUUCCGUAA